GGUACUUCGUGUUUACAAAAUAUUUUGUCAGUGGACAAAGUUUUUUUUUUUCUUCCAAAAAGAAAUUAUUCAACAUCCAUGUGCAAAAACUAAAAAUUACUCAACAAUCAAUCAAUUCUUUUAACUAAUUUUACUAUAAUAUGUAAAUUUUGAUUCACUAUGACUGACUCAAAUGAUGAAAUCGAAAUUUGUCCAAAUGUUGACCCUCAUGAAGAUGGUGCUUUGGUUAAAUCCAAGGCCGUCGUUAAAUUUUCAGCCGUCCAAGUUCCAGUUAAAUUCAAUCGACUGGAAUGCAACACCGAUCUGAAUUUGCCACCAUCCAAUUGGUUAACAACUUCAGACAAUAGUUAUGGCCUUCACAAGGCUCUUUAUCACUCGUCAGGGUUUCCAAGCUUUCGAAUGGCUCAUAUGUUCCCGGAUUGUGUGGGCGAAGUUGAUGUUGUCUCUGACGCAGAGAACAUUAAAAAGCUCCUCAAACUUGCUUACUCAAGUAAGAGCACUACCAUAAGCAUGAUGGUCCAUAAAGUUGGCAAUACUUUGCUCAUCGACGAAUUCGAUGUCCACAAGUAUCUAUUCCGCAAAGCUGACGAUGAUUGGCGUUGGCUUAAGACUUUCAUGCUCGAAACUAUUGUUUCCCUACACGAAAGUGAUGGGAAUUUCUGUUUGAGAGAUGAGAGUCGAGAAGCCAUUCAAACAAAGAACCUCCAAUCGAAGUUUCUUUAUCAUAGCGCCGAGGGAAUCAAAUCCUCUAAGAAACAGCCUAAAAACUUGGCUAAAGUUAAUGCAAAACCACUUCCAAUUCUUGGCCCUGUUUUGCCAGAACCCAAAAUCGAUGAAAAUGUUCCAGAUCCGAAUUCCUCGCAUGAAUUCAAUCGCAAUGUCCUUUGGACAUUCGAAGACAUUCGAAUGCUCAUUGGGACAGAUAUGCCAAUUUUCGGUGGUCCCAAUCGACCAUGUAUUAGCUUACGCCUGCGAGACACAGCAAAACCAAUUAAUGUCUUGACUGGAAUUGACUAUUGGUUAGACAAUUUGAUGUGCAAUGUCCCAGAAGUUGUCAUGUGCUAUCAUUUAGAUGGAAUCGUUCAGAAAUAUGAGCUCAUCAAGACCGAAGAUCUACCUUACAUGGAAAAUUGUCAAUUUGCUCCUCAGGUAGUGAGGAAUGUGGCACAAAAUAUUUUGGCUUUUUUGAAAGCUAAAGCUACUAAAGCUGGUCACACUUAUUGGCUCUUUAAGGGAAGCAACGAUGAUGUUGUGAAGCUUUAUGAUUUAACAACUGUUUGUAAGAAUGAAACCAAUUGCGAACCAAAACUUGAGAAUCCAUUUACUGUUCCAGUUGCCAUGUUGCUUUAUACUGUUGCCAAAAACAUGAAAAAUUCAUCUCCAAAAGUCUCGGCAAAAAAAGCUGGAUCCAUUCGGGCGUUACUAGAUAACUGUAUUAAGUUGCUUCCGAAGGAGAAGUAUCCGCAAAUCGUAACCUCUUCCCAUUAUAUUCUUUCUGAUUUGCACAUCCCCUCGGGAAUAGAUCCGAAAUGCCCCAAAUUCGAUAGUUCUGAUCUAGACUCCGAUACUCAGUCGGUCUAUGAAGAUGAUAACUUUGACUAUGAUCCAUUCGAGGAUGAAGUAGUGGAUGAGAGUGGUGAGGUUGCUGUGAAGAAUAUAUGCGAUACUCUUAAAGAGUUCCAUUUGGAUGGAAAUGCCAAAAAUUCGAGUCCUCCAUCACCUUUGGUAGCAUCUGUUGAAGAACGAUGUCGAACUUCGUUGAAACACAUCUCUGAGGGAAUAUCUUGUCUGCAAUUCUUCAAUUGCAACGAAGAAGAAUUCAUCAAAAAGAGCGAAGAACGUGCUAAAGAUGAAGAAAAAUUAAGAAUUCUGCAUGAAGAACAGAAUCCUAAUAUGGCUAGGCCAUAUAAACCGAUUCCACUGCCCUACGAGACAUUAUGCGCCAGUCCACGUGAAGAAAGUCCAGAUACAGAGUUAUCUCCACAGUCAAUUGGUGCAGAGCAAAAACUUACAAAGUCCAAGAAGAAGAAGUUGCGAAAGAAUAAGGGAAAGGAUGUCAAAGAUGAACCAACACCAGCACCGUCAACUAGUACUUCCACAUCGUCAUCGGCUGUUGAUGAUGCAUCUAGCAAGCAAAUUGCAACUAAAUUUAAUUCUCAACUUUUCGGAUCGUGGAAUGUUCAUUUGAAAUUGUUGCUUUUGGAAAAAGCAUGUUUGUCUUAUGCAACUUUAGCUGAGCAUAAUUAUCUUGCACAAAAGUUUGGUUUGUGUUUGAAAGAUAUUUAUAUGUCUUAUCGAUGUCAGGAGGUUGUUACUAAAUAUAUGACUACAAUGGUAUCGCAGAAGAGUUGUCUAUUUGGAAGAGCUGGAGAUUGUUUUUUGCAAAUAGCAAAGAGUGGAGAUUUAAUUGAUGAGUAUUUUAAUGAAUAUUCAGCGGAAAAUGAAGUCGAUGCAAUUAUUUAUGGAGAAAUUGAAAAGGAUCUGGAAAAUGUUGAAAACGACAUAAUUGAGCCAACUAAAAAUGUGGAAGAGUUGAUGUUGGCUAGUUGUCAGUGUUAUGAAACGGCUCUGCUCUGUCUAAGUGCAUACGAUGAAAUCAAUGCUCAAAAUGAAUUGCUAAGGCGAUUAGGAAAUGUACGAAAUGAACUUGGACUAAAAUAUAUGUAUUGGGCUCAAGAGGAAUUCACAAAAUAUAUGGCAACAAUUGCUAACAAAACCGAAGAUCAAACCGAAAAUAAUGACAACAACAUUGAAAAUAAUUCCAAGCCAAAAACCGAACGACCUCUUUAUGAGACUUUGGCUACCAAAUCAUUUGAUUGCUUAUCCAGAGGCAUAACAUCUUUUAGCAUGGUUCGUGAUAAUGUAAACUUGGCAUUUCUUUAUUGUAAUAUGGGACGUUAUAUGCGAUUCAAGGCACAUCUCUUUAUUUCCGAUGGGCAGUCUGAUUAUGUACAAAAACAAAAAUCCUUAUACCAUGAAGCAUUUAAAUAUUACGAAAAAGCAAAAAUUGUACUUGGAACACGCAAAUGUAAUCCCGAAUUAUGGGAUUUAGUUAGUUGGGAGUUAUCAACAGCAAUGUUUACAUUAGCUAAACAAUUGCAAGAUUAUAGUCCAAAUGCAUCACCCGAGUUAGAAAAAGAAGUAAUCGACUUACUUCAGAAAUCGUUGAAGCUUUGUGAUACAGAAACUCCUGGUGCGAAACAAAUUCUUUACACUUAUCGUUCUGGUGUAUUACACAAAAGAAUUGCUUCAUUUUACUACAAUCAAAUGCGCUCAAACGUUGUCGAUAUCUCAUCACUGCCAAAAACUUCACUGCAACUCUGCAAGUUUCAUUAUGAAAAAGCAGCUAACAUUUUGGAUGGCUUGAAAGAAGCUAGUGAUUACUUAAUUGUUCAACUAGAACGAAUAUCUUUACAAGAGUUCCUGGCUGAGAUUUCACCCAACUCGAAUCAUAAAAUUAAACACAUGCAAGGCGGACUAGAAUUGUGUCUUCAAUCUAAAGCUCUUUUUGAAUAUUCAUUAAAUUCCUUGGGAGACAAUCCGACAUCAACUGAUGAUUUUCUUCGUCAUUUGAAUCUUUUUGAAAGUAGACUUCAGCAUGCACUCAAGACACUAAUUAAAUUACUUAUUAGCGGAAGAGAUCCGAAAAAAAGGGCUGAUUGCUAUAAGAAAAUGUACAUGGAGACAUUGAAGAGCAAAGCGCCAACUGAUAAUACUAAUGGAGCUCUAGCAGCUUAUCUGUUGGAAUUAACAAACAAAUUAAUUCAGAUUGACACAGAAUGCUCGAAAUAAGCAGCUUAAUAUAUUUUUUCUAUUUAAAAAAAACAUCGAUCGAUUUGCUGAUAUGUAAUUUUUUUUUUUUGUUCUUGUAGUUUAUUGUUUCCAUAACUUAAUAACUGUUAGCUUUAAUAAUUUUAUCAUUGAGUAGUUCUAAGUUAACAUGUUAAUGAUGAUGAGAAUGAGAAAAGUUCGCGCUUAGCGUGUAAUUUAUUAUUUUUAUUUUUUUUUUAUUAUUAUUUUUAUCUAGAGUAGCGCAGGUGUCACUGAAACUAAAUGGUGAAUAUUUAUUUUUUUAUAAACAAAAAACCCCAAAAAGGUGUUGCGUUAUUUGACCCAGUAACAUAAAUUCC